AUGCAAACCAAGUGCCUGCUUCAGAAUGAAGCGAAUGGCUUUGGUUGGAGGGAUGUGGCCGAUGAAAAGAGCGAAAUCGUCAAAGAGCAGAAGCGAGAUAUCGAAAACAUGAAACGCAAGAUCGAUGCUGGGAAGCACUUGGAGAUCAAUCAUCGAGACCUGCGAAGAGACUAUGACACUCUGGAGAGACACUUCAAGGAAUUGGAACAAGAUUACGGCAAACUGAGAUAUGAAAAGACAAAAUUCGACAAGAAGAGGCACGAUCUGGAAACUCGUCUUGAUCGCAGAACACAAGAGUGUCGGAAAGCAAAACACGCUCUGGAACACGUGUCACAUUUGUUGAUGCAGAAGCCCUCUACGAAUGCUCAAUCUUGGGUCUAUUCCUUCACUGGUCUGACCAGGACUCUGAAGGACGUUCUUGACUGUGCGAGUAAUGGGCAUGAUCUCCCACCCGUCGUGUAUUCCUACCUCCAGGAUCAAUUCACCACGACCAUGACCUCUCUGUGCAUGGUCAAUGACAUUCAAUUCAACAUAGCAGUCAUCGACUAUGCAUCUGGCAACACUUGUGUGCAGCAGAAAGUAUGCGGUUUGGCAGCAACGGUACCUAGACAUCGAGCUGGAGCAUGCGAGUCUUGUGUAAUGCUGCAGCGCAUCUGUCUGCAGAAAGAGGACUACUACCUUAUCGUGGUCGUUCCACUGCCAAAACAUCUGCGGCGUGGAAAGAAGGUCGAAGAAUUGGGCUACUGGGUUCAAGGGUGGUAG